GGCACGGGCAGGGGCAGCGGGCGCCCGGCUCCCCGCCCGGCCCGGCCCGCUCCCGGAGCGCGGCCGCCGCAGCCCCCGCGGCCCGCGGGAAGGCCGUCCCCUCGCCCGGCGCAACUUGCCUCGGACCCUCUGUGAGGAGAGGCGGCGGCGGCGGCGGCGCGCGCCGAGGCCGGGCGGGAGCGGGGCGAGGCGUGCGGGCGCCCGGCGCGAUGCCUCGGGCCGGCGGUCCCCGCGCGCCGCGCCCCGCCGCGCUGCCCCGCAGCCUGUCCCGCCUGCGCGAGUGCCCGGGCCGCUCCCGCAUCGUGCUGGCGCUCGGGGCCACGCAGAUGGCGCUCGGAUGCCUCAUCGUGGCGGUGAGCUUCGCCGCACUGGCGCUCACCACCUCGGCCCGCGUCCGCCACUCCUGUCCCUUCUGGGCUGGCUUCUCGGUGCUGCUGUCAGGACUCAUUGGCGUCGUCUCCUGGAAGAGGCCUCUCUCCCUCGUGAUAACCUUUUUCAUGCUGCUCUCUGCAGUGUGCGUAAUGCUGAAUUUGGCUGGUUCAAUUCUCUCCUGUCAGAAUGCUCAGCUAGUCAACUCCCUAGAAGGCUGUCAGUUGAUUAAGUUUGACAGUGUCGGGGUGUGUGUCUGCUGUGAAAUGCAGCACCAGUCAUCCGGCUGCAGCAACCUUGGGGAGACGCUGAAGCUGAAUCCGCUGCAGGAGGACUGCAACGCCGUGAGGCUGACGUUGAAGCUGGACCCCCUCCAGAUGGCUCUGCAGCCACUCUCCAUGGAAUAUAACAAGAGAGGCACCAAGUGGAUUAAUAUGGUGCCUACCCAGGAUCUCCUCUUCAGCGUGUGUGCCCUCAAUGUCCUCUCCACCAUCGUGUGUGCGUUGGCCACAGCCAUGUGCUGCAUGCAGAUGGUCUCUUCUGAUGUCCUGCAGAUGUUCUUUCCACAAAGGGCGCAUUCCGCCAGCCCUGCCUGCGUGACCCCCCAUGGCACCGUUCUCCACCAGACCCUGGACUUCGAUGAGUUCAUCCCCCCUCUCCCACCUCCACCUUAUUACCCUCCAGAGUACACCUGUACUCCCACAGCCGAGGCCCACAGGGGCCUCCACUUGGACUUUGCUCCCUCUCCAUUCAGCACUUUGUAUGAUGUUGCCAUCAACAGCCCCGGCAUGCUGUACCCCGCCGAGCUCCCCCCACCCUACGAGGCCGUGGUAGGCCCGACUGCCACCAGCCAGCUUACCAGUGUAGAUCAGCCGGCGACUGAGCCCAGCCCCGGGGACCCAGAUGCCACUGCUGGCUUCAGCACACAAGAGCCUGCAGAUAGCUCGAGCCUCCUGGUAUCCGAGGGUGCCACCGCACCAGGCCUAAGCCCUGAGGGCCCUGUGGGUGCCUCGCAGCCCCUGCCACCUGACCUCGAGUCCCCUGAGGGCCCUGACCAGGGCACGCAGGCACUGCCAGGUCCCGGGCGUGUGGCCCGCUCCACCAGCGACCCCACUUCGUGUGCAUCCAGUGUGGCAGGCAACACCUCUUCGCAUCCGCCCUCCUGCAGCCAGGACCUUGAAGCAGGACUGGCCAGGGCUGCUCUGGGGACCGUUUCCCUAUCUCACUCCUCCACGGCCUCCUGUGCUUGUCAGCACCGGCUCUUGCCACCUGGGCAGCUAGAUCCCCGGAAAAUGGACCACCGGUUAAAGCCAGAGGCCUUACAGACGGUCUUCAAAGAGCAGCCACACUCAUUAAUGGACGGCAAGGCCCAUGCAGACACCAGGGUUUUGGUGGCUAAAUUUUUGGAACACUCGAACUGUGCCCUCCCUCCCGAGGUACGGCAUGUGGUGGGCACCUUUCGCCCAGCUGUCACGUCCGAUGAGCACCACGUGGAUGAGGCCAUCUUCAGUGCCAAUGUUCUGGACCAGGUGUGAACCAGUCACAGGUCUUGACAUGGACACAGACAGGCCUGGGCCAGAGUGUCCUUGCUGGAGGCCACUGUGCGUGCAGGGAGGGGCUGAAGCCCAGGAGUAUCUCUGGGUGGCUCAGAUGGGGAACUGCUGUCCCUCUCUUGCAGAGGAUCCAGUCCAUUGUUUUCUUGGGGAUGACACUUCCUACCUAUUCCAGUGAUGCAGAAAAAUGACUCUCGUGGCCAUUGUGAACUCUUUGGGUUUUUAUCAGGCAUGUAGCACCUGGAACUGGAGACACUAAGCAUCUUCAAAAUCAUGGCCAUCAAAAAGCAAAAUUCUCCCUCACUUCUGAUUUAGUUGAGUGUUUAGUGGAUAGAGGAGGACAAGUAAUGAGACCAUUUUCUUCUAUGGUUUGUAUCACUCACUAGUCAACCCUUUAUCAUGUGCUGACUGGAAAGAAAAUGGGUAAUUCUAGCACGGAUGGCAGCCCAGGCCCAGCUCUCUGCCCGCAGGAAGCAGGGCUGUUGUGGGAACAAAUCAUUAUAGGGGGCCUCGGGCCACCUCCAGGCAGCAAGCCGGUAUGACAGGAAGCUUUCCUGGACGCGUUCCCCCCUGCCCCCCGCCACCUCUGCCCCACCAUCAUCUAGUCUCCUGGGCCUCCCCUCUCUACCCUCCCUCCAUGGGGUGCCCUCCCCACUUUGGCUCUCUGUCCAUGGUCUCCUAUUCUGUAGAUACUUUUGGGGACCCCCUUUGGGGGUUUUCCCUGUGUCUGCCCUCCCCAGGAUGGCCUGGAUGGGUGAAGGUCUGGGGAAAGAGGCCUGUGUCCCAGGAUCUGUGCACCUCUUGAGAAAGCAAGUCUCUGAUGACCCAGAGCAGUCCCUUCCCAGCCAGGCAGUGGCCACAUCUUUAUUGGAGCUUGCGGGUUGUAAGUCAUGUCUUUCUAUAAAACACACACUGAGCUGGGGACGUGGGGCAGGCAGGCCCAGCCUCUCUGCAAUGGCAGCUUGGGCAUCUCUGACUUUCUUGGUCCCCCUGCCCCUCAUGUUCUGGCAACAUUACCAGCUGCCACUUCUCAAAAAUGGCCCUGGAGCAGCACUGUCUUCAAGAACUUUCUGCGGCAGUGGGAAUGCCUGUAUCUGUGCCGUCUACAACAGUGGCCACUAGCACCUGAGCUGUGGCCUGCAUUGAACAAGGCAGCCCAGAGCUGACAUGUCUGAACCAAGAGCCCAAGGGCCUGGCAUGUGGAGCACAGGGGGAGGACCUGACAACUGCCACUGCUGCUUGGUGUUCAGCAGUCUGGGGUCUGCGUGCUGUCCUCUGCCUUGCACCCCACUGUAGCCAAUGUGCGGAGGGCACGUCCUUGUGAUUGGAAGCUGGGGAGGGAGGGGCAGGGAGGGUCUGCAGCCCAGACGCCUGGAGCCCCCAGGAACUGAGGUGCAGGAAGCCUGCAGGGACAGUCAUCUUCGAACAUUCUGCUUCAGUGAUGGUCUUGGCCAUUGCCUCCCUCACCUCUGGGUGAGGCGAGAGAGCUGAAAAAAUACCCAUCAAGGCCUUUUGAUGCCAACCGGAACGUUUCCAUCGGAAAACCCCAGAGAUGAAUUAUGAGCACUUUAUUCAGACUAUAAAAUGGGAAAUCCCUUCUCUAAUUUUUCUCAGCUGAGGGCUCUUGAAGUCCCUCAAAGCAAAUCCCUUCACAGGUACAGUUAAUUGAUGGUUUUUCCAAAUAGUCUCCCCUGAGCCUGCCAGCAAAGCGUCCAUGGCUGUCGAUGCCCUGGCCUCUGAAUUCAGGGCAUUUUCAGUGUCUCUGGGGUGGGGAGCCAGAGCCUAGCAAGCUGCAGGGGUUUCCACCUGCAUGUGGGGGGCCCACACUUGAGCCUGGGGGCCUGCACACAGCAGUGUCCCUGGACUGAGUCCUAAGCCUGCAGUCUGAGGCCAGCCCCUUUCCUUCCCGCUCCCACCUCUGGGCUGGAGCUGGGGCAUUAGUAUUAUGCAGCCAUUGUGAGCGGCCACUGGGAGCCUGCCCUGCUGUUCUGUGGCUUUUGCUUCUCCUCCCUGCGGCAGGACACUUUCCCUGCCAUCUGGGUCUCUUGCUGCAGCCUCUGUCUCCAUGUGGGUACAUGUGGGCGCUCUGGCCCGAAGUCCAGAGGCCUGGACAUUCUCAAGGGCUCUGCCCUUCUCUCAUCCUUUCAUGCUCAGUUUUGCAUUUGCUCUCAUAGUAACUCUAUCUUGCGAUUGAGGAAACUGUACCCAAUUUUAUACCACUCAGCUAGAACCUUCUGCCCAUUCGUUCAGGGCCCCAGCUGGCCCACAUGGGCUCUGGCGGGGCCCUGGGUCCUGGCUUCCAGCAAAGGUCCCGGGAAGAGAGGAGUACCAGAGCCACCAGGAAUGAGCCAGGGACCCUACUCGCCAGUUCCAGUACCCAAGACCCUGCUCUGCUCAGCAGCAUGUGGGAGCCAAGAGCCCCAGCAGCAAGUGCCCCAAGCCCAGACCAUGUGGGUGCAUGGCCAGGGGGAAAGCUGUUUUCCUUCCCUCACUGGUGCACCCUCUCCUACCCCUCUUGUUAAAGCAUCAGCAGGCCAGGGAAGAGCUUGACGGGCUGUGCCAGAAAGCUAAGGCAUGGGACCCCCACCUGCAAAGGCCUGGGUCCUGGGCACUCUCCUUGCCUUUUCCCCACCACCCAAAGGAGGUCAGCUUGGCGUGGGGCCACAGCCUGUCCAGACACUGCCAUUUGCCUGGGGGCCAAAAGAACACCGAGGUGGGGGAAGCUCUGGACCCCAUCUCUGUGGCAAACAAGCGGGGACUCAUCCUUCACAAGGACUUAGUCUCCUUCAGCUGGUGACAAUGCAAAUUAAAUGCUUGUAACAAACCGUGUAACAGAAAGCUUAUUUCAGAUGGAUGUGUUUCCCCUCCCCCCCUCAGCUGUAUUGAUUCACAGAUGCUGCUAUUAGGCAGAAUUUAUAGGAAAUUGUUUUCAAGCCACAGGAGACCUGUUUGUACAACUUGAAGGUUGUAUUUAUUUAAUGUACCUCAAGGUGUUUUCAUAAUGAUCAGUGUUUUAAUAAAAACUAUUUCUGGCC